AUGGCUCUGCUUCUGCUGAGCCUGGGGCUGAGCAUCAUCGCGGCCCAGGAGUUCAAUCCCCGCGCCGUUGUGCAGAGGAACUACAACAUGGCCAGGAUUUCGGGGGUCUGGUAUUCUAUUUUCAUGGCCUCAGAUGACCUGAAUCGGAUUAAAGAAAACGGGGACUUGCGGGUCUUCGUCCGGAAUAUAGAACAUUUGAAGAACGGCAGCCUAAAAUUUGAUUUCGAAUUCAUGGUGCAGGGGGAGUGUGUGGCCGUGGUCGUGGUCUGCGAGAAGACAGAGAAGAAUGGGGAAUACUCCAUCAAUUAUGAGGGCGAGAACACGGUGGCCGUCUCGGAGACUGACUACAGGCUGUUCAUCACCUUCCACCUCCAGAACUUCAGGAACGGAACCGAGACCCACGCACUGGCGCUCUACGAAACCUGCAAAAAGUACGGACUCGGCCCACAAAACAUCGUCGACUUGACCAACGAAGAUCACUGCUACUCCAAGCGUUAG